AUGCAUGAAAAUCCCACAUCAUUGCAGCUCAGUUCAACUGAGGGAGAAUUUCCGGGCGAAAAUAAUCUUCCAGAAGAAAUGGAGGCCUACAAUUGGACUCCACAAGCAAUGAAACUGGCGGUCCCAGCUUUGAUUGGCAUGCUGGCCGAUCCGUUGCUCAGUUUGGUGGAUACUGCGUAUGUGGGUAGGGUAGGACCGAUUGAACUUGCAGCACUCGGAGCUUGUACGUCCAUAUUUCAUUUGGCCUUUAAUGCGUUUCGGGCUACAACAGCUGCUACGACAGCGCUUGUGGGGAAUGCUGCAACCGAUGAGGAAAAGCGAGAAAUUGUCAAUACAUCGCUAUCGUUUGGGGUUGUUUUAGGGGUCGUCGUCAUGGUGACGCUACAACUUGCGGGAGCUUGGUGUCUGGGAUUGAUGGGCAUCGCGAGAGAUUCACCACUAUUCAAACCAGGCAUUGCCUACCUCGAUAUUCGACUGUUUGCGGCACCGGCUGUUUUGGCGAUUGUUGUGUCGGAAGGAGCAUUUCGAGGGUACGGUGACACAAAGAUCCCACUAAUUGCCAGUAUGGUCGCAUCACUCAUCAAUCUGGUGCUGGAUCCAAUUCUAAUGUUUCCACUUGGAUUGGGUGUCAAAGGAGCUGCAGCUGCCACUGCUCUGUCACAGCUUGCUGCUGCUUUGACCUACCUCCACUUUUUGCGAAAACGAGGAAUGCUACCAAAGCGAUCCGCAACUUCAGUUGUUAACAGAAAGGAAAUCAUAAAGACAAUCAUGGGUGCCAAUGUUGCAAUGGUAUUGAAGCAAGGAAGUCUUCUAUUAGCGUGGGCCUACGCCACUGCUCGUGCCACACGUAUUGGUAGCGCUCACGUUGCUGCCCACCAGGUCGCACUGUCUUGUUGGUUGGUCUCUGCUCUCAUGCUAGAUGGUGUGGCUGUUUCGGCUCAAGUCUUGAUCAGUCGGUGUAUGGGACAAGCAAAGAAAAUGAAAUCGCUGAUUUCCUACAUGUUCAAGUUUGCCGUUGUACAAGGGUUGGUGACCACCUUGAUCCUGUUGGGAGCUGCUCCAUUUCUACCGAGAGUAUUCACAUCCGAUAAAGCAAUUCUGGGACAUUUGCAUUCACUGAUGCCCCAAGUGGCAUGGCAACAAUUGUUAGUGAGCAUGACACUGGUGACGGAAUCACUGGCAGUAGGGGGCAACCAAUUCAAGCUAUUGGCGGCGGGCACAACGAUAUCAACAAUCAUUUCCAUUUGGCAGUUGCGGCAAGCAACGGAUGUGGUUACAGUAUGGUCGAGGGGAAUUGUGAGUCUAUUUAUAGGACGACUGAUCACUGGCUUGAUUGGUACCUUUCGAACGCUGCGGCAACAACAACAAAUGGAGAUUUGCUAG